UUGACCGCGCGGCGGAUGGAGGGAGCGCAGAGGGAGAGAGAGAGGGAACAGGUGGAGGUGUGGACCAGGUGGAGAGGCUCGUGCACCGUGACGCUCACCGGACCUGGAGACCAGGCGCCAGAGGAGGAGAGGCUGGAUCCGCAGUAUGCAGAGGGAGAGCCCUCACCUGCCAACAUGUACGUGGGCUACCUGCAGCUGGACAAGGACCCCGCGAUGUACCCGCACCAGAACCCGGGGACGCGCCACCCGGGCCUCAGCCUCAGCCCGCAGAGCUUCCCGGUGCCGGGCCCGCCGCAGUACUCGGACUUCGCCGGCUACCACCACCACCACCACCACGGCCUCAACGCCGACCUGCAUUCGGUGGUGCAGCAGCAGGGGCCGGGCCCCGGCGGCUGGAGCUCGGCCUACCCGCCGCCCCCGCCCACACGGGACGACUGGUCCCAUCACUACGGCCACUCGGCCGCCGCCGUAGCGGCCGCCGCGGCCGCCGCAGCCGGGGGGCCCCCCGCGGCGUCCACGGGGCCCGGCGCGGGGGGCCCCUCCCUGGGCUUCAGCCCCCCGGAGUUCUCCGGGCAGCCGCCGGCGCUGCUGCCCGCGUCCCUGAACGCGCCGGCGGGGCAGAUGUCCCCCGGCUCCCCGCAGAGGAGGAACCCGUACGACUGGAUACGACGCAGCUCCGCACCGCCCACCAACCCAAACGGGAAGACGCGGACCAAAGACAAGUACCGGGUGGUUUACACCGACCACCAGCGGCUGGAGCUGGAGAAGGAGUUUCACUACAGCAAGUACAUCACCAUCCGCAGGAAGGCGGAGCUCGCCACGGUGCUCAGCCUGUCAGAGAGACAGGUGAAGAUCUGGUUCCAGAACCGCCGGGCGAAGGAGCGAAAGAUCAACAAGAAGAAGCUCCAGCAGCCGGCCUCCUCCACGACCACGCCCACCCCGCCCGCCGGGAGCAACGGAGGCGGGGGAGGAGGAGGCGGCCUCCACAGAAACGGCGGCAGCAGUGUCGCCAUGGUGACGAGCAGCAGCGGCAGCAACGGGCUGGUGUCGCCCUCGUCCCUGCCGCUGAACAUCAAAGAGGAGUACUGAGGAGGACGAGGAUGUUUCGAGCAUCAGGAGCGAAAAACAGACGGACUGAAAAACUUUGUUGCGUCACAUCUUCGAUAAAAUACUUCUCCUCCCGUCGUCGGACUCUGCGGAGGGAACGUUCAGCCCGUUACCAAGCACACACACAAACGUAUCCCACUGUGAUCUGUGCCGCCGGGGGAAGAUACUUUAUCUCCACUACUGACAACUCUAUUUUAAAUUAAUCCCGAGAUCCAGAUGUUUCCAAAGAUACCAAACACUCCAGGCUGAAUAAAACAUAUUGUAUCAUUAUUAACAAUCCUUCCAUCAGAUGGACUGAGGCCUCCUUGACAUCGCGGAGGUGUGAAUGUGUAAAGAUGCAGAACAGAAGCAGCGUGACACCGUUUUAACUCUGAAGCUACUUAUUGAGGGUGAAUCCAAUUUUCAGAUCUUUUACGUUUUAAUCUUGAUCACGAUGCGUUUCCUUUUUUUUCUAAGUGUGUUCUUUUCCUGCUUCAUUGGCUAAUAUGUUCUCAGCCCAUGAAAUCCUGUUAUGUGAAGUUUAAGCAACAUUUUGACAUCGAAGAAGAAGAAGGAGCUCGACAGGAAGUGAGCGAGGAAGUUGGACGCUAGCUUUAGCCCCAGAUAGCACAUUGGCCUUCCUGUCGGACUUCUUUACAUUCAACACUUCACGUUUACGUGAGUGUGUGAGUGUGUGUGUGUGUGUGUGUGUUUGUCGGGCGACCGUCUGCGUUAUUCCGUCAAUUGACACGAAUAAGCACAAACGAUCCUGUGGCCAAUCGGCUCCGUGUGAACACUGACUUCCUGUCCGUCUCUCAGUUCGGCCCCGAUGGAACAAACGCGACACCUGGUCGUCGUUUUAUGAGUUUCAAUUACUAAACACGUGAGAUUUGAUGAAACAUCUUUUUUUAUAACAAAGGAACAGAAUGUAAACUAAACUUGACACAAGAUGGAGGCGACGUCCCACGUCGAUACUGUACGUCAGUGGCACAAUGAAAACCAAACGUGCAGCGGCGCUGGAGCGUCCGGGUUCACACCAGACGGACUCAGUGACCUGCUCCACACGGUCCAGUCAAACGUGCUGUGGAUGCUUGUGAUCUCACCCAUCAGACUCCAUCGUGUGUAUAUUUUCAAAUGUAAUUUGUAUUAAAAACAAAAGAUUUUAUUGUAAA